CCAGAAUUACUUAGAGACACAUACAUGAAGCCAACUAAGAACUAGGGUAGAAUUUCCUGAGAAUUUCUAGGGUAGUCUUAGCAAAAAUCAGUGACGUUUAGAGCUUGGAAAAGUAAAUUCCUAAUGGGAUUUUCCCCUUAAUAAUUUACUUUAAAGACUUUACUUUUGUUAUCUUGUCUUGUUACCGUAAGACCAGAUAAACUGAGACAGUAUACUCACAACAUGCUUAGAUUUAUCAGUCAAUGUGAGGGUUCUUGCACUCUGUUUCUAAACAAACUUUUAAAUAUUUUACUAAAGGUUAAAAAUUAAACACAGACAAAUAUCUGUGGUUAAAAACAAUCCUAGCCAGAGAAAUUCAUCUAAAAAGGAAGGAUUAAAACUCUUCAUCAUGAAAGUAUUGCUGCUCUUAGGUUUUUCAUGUGUCUUCUUUUGUACUUACGGAGGAAAGGUCUUCCAGAACCAGACCUCUGAGUACAAUAAAGAACCAGUUCAGCAGGUUCAACCAGCUCACAAGGAGACACACCUGUUAGAAGAAUGUUUAAAAGAGAAAUACACACAGGACUCUUGUCAGAAAGUUUUUUGUCUGCCCUGGAAGAGAUGUGUGUCAGGAAAUUGUAUUUGCAAGCUUCCCUACCAGUGCCCAAAGAAUGGCACCUCAGUGUCUUCUAUCAAUGGAAAAACAUUCCGAAGUUACUGUCAGCUGAAGAGCUAUGAAUGUCAGCACCCAGAAGCAAAGUAUAUGAGUAAAGGCAAUUACAUACAUGGAGAGACGUUUGAUGUUUCUCUGAACUAUGGAGAUUCAGAGUCAGAGGGUGUAAUUCAAGUAAAGCUUGUGAACAACACUGAGAAGUUAUUUCUGUGUAACAACAAAUGGAGUAUGAAUGAAGCAAAUGUAGCCUGCAGACACCAUGGCUUUGAAGCGGGUGCUGAAUAUCACAGAAAGACAUUCACUGUCCCAGAACAUGCCAACACUUCACCUUGGUGUCUUCAAGUGAUGUGCAGAGGGCUAGAGACUAGCCUAGCUGAAUGUAAAUUAAUUAAGAGAUCAGCUCCAGGUGGUGUAAAGAAUUUUGCUAAGGUGGCAUGCCAUAAAGACCAGAGAGAAUGUACACCAGAGGAAUUCUGUUGUGCCAAUAAGAAAUGCAUUCCUCUGACAGAAACCUGUAAUGGGAUAAAUGACUGUGGAGACCUAAGUGAUGAAUUGUGUUGCAAAGAGUGCAAGAACAAGAGUUUUCUCUGUAACUCAGGUGUGUGUAUUCCAAAGACUUACCUCUGUAACAAGGAAAUUGAUUGCCUUACAGGAGAGGAUGAACUACAAGUGAACUGUGAAGAUGAACAAAAUGAAGAACUAGAAAUUCAAGAUCAAGAUGAUGAUGGACAAUAUACAGAGACUCAAGGUCAACAGAUUGGUGAACAGAGUCCAGAGCCAGAUGUUCAAGGUCAAUAUUUUGGUAAUAAAGAAGAAAAACAUAAAGUGAUGAUACACACAAGAGCAAAAGGGAAAGCACCAGAAGUUGUACCAAACUACAAUGCAAAUGAAGAACGGAGGGCAAUCAAGACAUUUUUACCUGAGUUAAAGUGUGGUAUUACAAACUACACUGUAACUCGACAUAAGCGAAUUGUAGGAGGAAAUCCAGCUGCAAAGGGUGAAUUCCCUUGGCAAGUGGCAAUUAAAGAAGAAGGUGGUACAGGUCCCUCAGUGUACUGUGGAGGGGUUUAUAUUGGUGGCUGUUGGAUUUUAACUGCUGCACAUUGCGUCAGAGCAACUCGAGUUCAUCAAUAUAGAAUAUGGUCUGGCUUGUUGGACACAAUACUGUAUAAUCCAGAAAUGGAUACUUUUAAGCUGAAUAAAGUGAUAAUCCACGAAAAGUAUAAUGCUGGAACAUAUGAAAAUGACAUUGCUCUGCUGGAGAUGAAAAGUAUGGACAAAGGAAAACCAUGCUCGUUAUCAUAUAGCACACCUGCCUGUGUCCCAUGGUCAGAAUAUAUGUUUAAACCUGGACAUAGAUGCAAGAUUUCUGGAUGGGGACUAGAAAGAGACAGUGCCAAACAAUUUGUCCUCAAAUGGGGCUAUAUUGAUAUACUGUCAAAUUGUACUGAUAUCUACAAGGACCGUUUUUUUAAAGGAAUGGAAUGUGCAGGUACACAUGAUGGGUCCAUUGACAGCUGUAAAGGUGAUUCAGGAGGACCUCUGGUCUGUUUUGAUUCAAAUAAUGUGGCCUAUGUGUGGGGUGUUGUGAGCUGGGGUGAAAACUGUGGAGUGGCUGGCUACCCUGGUGUUUAUACAAAGGUGGCAAGUUAUUUUGACUGGAUUAGCCAUCAGGUGGGGAGGGCCCUCAUUUCUAAAUAUAAUGUGUGAAGCUUUGGAAAUGAAGUGCUCCAUUGUUACCACCUACACACAAAAAUGAAAAUUCAGUUCUAUGUUAUGAUCAAAAGUUGUCACGUAAUAACUCCUAAAACAAAUGUUUAACAAGCACAUUGUGAUAAUGCAAUUAGCCUCCUAUAAAUGUUGUGAUUUGUGUGGAAAUAGUGUUUUGUACUGUAAUUAAUUGCCUGCAAGACUCACUAAAAAUGCAUGCUUAUUAGAAGGAAAUUAAAAUGUGUGGUGCUUUGCAAGUGU